AUGUCUCCUCGUUCCCCGCAGUCUUUGGACAGCCCAAAUGGUGCGGCUCUCACCUGGAUUUUCGAUCACUGUCUUCGCUACCCGGCUUCUUAUGAGAUCCCAUUACGAGACAUGUACACAUUUAACUGUAAUCCGACGAAUACUCCGUUCCCUCGCACUCGUUCUCCCGAAACCGCUUUCUCCCCUCGCAACUCCUCCUCAACUCACUCCUCUCGCUCCUCUAAUGGCUCUUUCGAUGCCGCCGCGGACUUUCGCUCGCUCAUGAGCCACCAAAUUGCGAACCGGAGCUCUCAGCCCUGCGAACUUCCUGUCUCCUUCCUGACUGGAUUCGUGCACCGUUGCUUUACUCCCGAGCUUGAGAGUGUGGACUUCCCUCAAGCUCUGACUGCCAUUGAUUAUCUCAAAGAUCUCGAGACCCGUUGGAAGAAGGAAAUGGAGGCCGCUCUGACGCGACUGGGUAUCAAACGCGAGGACGCCGAGAAUCCCAACUCCUCAGGAUUUGCCGGAAAAUAUCCCGGUGUUAUGACUUGGUUACACACGAUGAACGCCAAAGCUCGCACUGUGACCGCCUUGUACACUCAGAUCUACGUUGGCCUGCGUCGCUGGGUUCUCAUUAAUGAUAUGCUACUUGAGCCCCAAAACAAGCACUUGAAGACCCAGCGGGAUGGCUUCUUCCGGUACAUCAAUGCGGUCGCCGCCCAUGGCAAGGAGGCAUUGGACCCCGUCGUCGUCCAGGGUGCCCCUGAAGGCGAGGCUACCUCGUGGGGGCCACUGCACGAUUGUCUCGUGCGCUACGUGGACCACGUCAAUGAGCUCAUUGAAGAGUGCCAGCUGGUCAACGAGCCCUCUUACUUAUCCGAAGGCGGCUCCCCCCACCGCAACAAGAGCCGCAAGGCCGAUUCCGGUAUUAGUUUUGGCUCCGCUGGAACCGACGCCAGUUUCGCCGACGGUGAAGCUGAGAAACCCCUCCCUCACUUCCCCGUCCCCAAGGCAAGCCCGACCAAGACCGGCUCUUUCCUCGAGCGCAUUGCCCGUGAGGUGCGAUCCCUGGGCCCCACUGCCCGCACCAAGAACCUCAAAAAGAUGAAAUCCACCACCGCUCUUAACUCUCGGCCUGGCAGCCAGCAGAGCUCCGCAGAGAGCUCCUUCUUUGAGAUCGAUGAACAAAAGCGUCGCCGCUUGCUAGGCGAGGCGACUAGCCGCAAAAUUUCCCAGUCCUAG